AUUGGCUUACACUUACUUACAUCUCAAUCACUUGCCACUUUUAUUUUGGAGUGUUUUGGGCAACCUCAAUGGUUCCUCUCCUUUAAUUUUUCUCUCUCCUCCCAAACACAACAAACAAACAACAACCUUAUUCAACACAACACAGAAAACAGAGCAUAGAAACAGAGACACUUUGAUUUGAUGAAGAUCCAGUGCGACGUGUGUAGCAAGGACGAGGCAUCGGUGUUCUGCACCGCCGAUGAAGCCGCCCUAUGCAACGGCUGCGACCACCGUGUCCACCAUGCCAACAAGCUCGCAUCCAAACACCAACGCUUCUCUCUUCUCCGUCUCUCCACAAAGCAAAACUUCCCUCUCUGUGAUGUUUGCAAGGAGAGAAGGGCCUAUGUGUUCUGCCAGCAAGAUAGAGCGAUUCUAUGCAAAGAUUGUGAUAUUCCAAUUCAUUCUGCAAAUGAACACACAAAGAAGCAUACUAGAUUCCUUGUCACCGGUGUUAAACUCUCGGAUUCUGCUAAACUCUAUUCAGCCGCCACUACUCCUCCUCCUCCUCCUUUGAUUGGAAGUAAUAGUAGUAGUGACUCUAAUUCCAAAGCUUCUCAGAUUCCAAAAUCUUUGGUAUCUGAGCCGACUUCUUCAGCAGCAUCAACGGGGCUUCCCCCAAUUAAGGGAGGAAGCUUGGUUGGUGUUGCCGAAGAAGACGCUUCCACGAGUACUCGCAGCAUAUCUGAGUACUUGAUAGAGACUAUACCUGGCUGGCAAGUUGAAGACUUUCUUGAUUCAUCAACUGUUCCCUUUGGUUUCUCUAAGGGUGGUGAUGAGAUGUUUUCAGUGUUUGACGGUGAAAUUGAUGGAAAUAUGUAUGCAUUUUCAACAAUGGAGAAGAUGGGGAUGUGGGUUCCUCAAGCACCGCCACCACCACCACCACCUCUUGUAUAUCCUUCACAAUUUUGUGAGGCAAAAGAUGUCACCAACAACAACAUCAAAGGUAGCAUCAGCAGAUCAAGGUUGGGGGAUGAUAAUUUCAUUGUCCCUCAGAUUAGUCUUCAAUCCAACAACACCAAGAGACCAAGAUAUCUAUGGUAGAAUAAUGCAAAAAAAUAAAGUUUCCAAGUUCAAAUCUUGUGAAGGACAGAACCCCUUUUCAACUAUCAACAUCCUUCUAUCUUUUGUUUAUGGUUUUGGUCAUAUUUUGUCCCUCCACUUUUUUUCUUUUUUAUUUUCCCUUUCUUUCUUUCUUUAUGUGGCUUGAGUUUCACUACUCUGCCAAGCAAUGUUUAUUUUGGGUUCAUUUGACUUUUUUUUUUCAAGAAAAGAAAUCACCCCUUCACAUGAGAUCAAAGGAGGUAACGUAUUAUGUAAUGAUGAAUUGGUGUAAUGUUUUGUUGACCAAUGUAAAUAUAUAAGCCUUUCCAAGA